CCCCCUUCCCCUGGGCGCGAAUCUUUGUCAGGAUGCGCUCCGACACUGAGUUGCCUUGCCGCGGCUUUUGUCACCUUCUUCCUCCUCUCGCUCCCCUAGCCCUCCGCACCCUCGCCCCUCUUGUCCUCCCUCCCCUUCUUGUCCUCUCCCACUUCCACACACGUCUCUCCCCCCUCCCUCCCCCUGUCACCUGUGUCUUUCCGCCCACCCCGAGCCAUGGCCAGCACCGCGCUCCUUUCGCCGGGUGGUCUCCCCGGGCACUACUCAACAGGGGCAUCCUCCACUGGAGGAGGCACAGGCAUGAUGUCCGCUGGUUUGGCCGAGUUGGAUUCCUUCGAGUCGCUCAUCCUCCUGUCGAUCGAGGAGCUCCUGGACAAGUUCCCCUCGCCGCCUACCAACACUCCCUCCUUCGACCCGGAGCCAGUUGUUCCCGCCAGCAUCUCUUCAAGCAUUCCUGGGGCCGGGGCCGUUUCCGGAGGCUCUUCCUCCAUUUCUCUGGCCCCUGCGACUGGCACGCCCGAGCCGGCUUCGUUGGCCGUUUCCGCGACAGCUGCCACAGCGUCUCCCGCUGGCGGCGCUUCCUCCCCGGUGGCGCUUCCCUCGCCCGGGGCAGCCUCCUCGUCCACCGGCCCUGCAGCGACCGUUGCCGGGGCCACCGCCGCGGCACCAAUCGCCUCCUCCGCGGCUUCUGCACGCGCACCUGGGCCGUCUCUUUCUCUGGAGGUCUCACGCAGCCUGGAUGUCGCCGCUCCGGAGUCCCCGUCAUCUGCGGCGCCCAGUGGGCUCCUCUCUCCCCAGCCGAACCGAGAUUAUGAGGAUCUCCUGCGGCGCGCCACCAAGGGUGUCAUCGGACCGAAGGAGCAACAACUCCUGUACAGCUACAUCUAUCAGUUGUCACCAACCUCCUACAAUGCCAUGCAGUCGAAGGUCCUCAGUGACGCCAAGAAUCCCAUCCUCCGAACCCGGAAUUCGGUCCUCAGUGACAUCGUCAAUCGUAACUCCGGUCCACCGCUCGCCGAAGUCAGCAACUACUACAUCAACUUCAACGGCAUCACGGCCCCCAUUGGCCAGGCCAUUGUGGAGAAGAUCUUCAUCCACAACAAGAUGGGCAAGGUCAAGUUUAAGUUCAACCUCCCUCCGCGGGAUAUUCGCUACGACUUGGAGGUGACCCCCCUGUCGGGACGAGUCAAGUCCUCCGGACGCGGCCCGCGCGAAGAGAUCAUCUUUAAGCUCACCUGCAAAACCACGGUCCACAUCCAGGACAUCAUCAUCAUGGAGGUCGAGGGCGGGCCGCAUCAUCUCUUCUGUCUGAACAUCCAAAGUGAGCCUUCCAUGUUCGGCAUGGCGAUCUCCACGAUUGAGCUGAUCCCGGAUCAGAUCUUUGCCGAGCACAUCUUCGAAGUCCCGCCAGUACUGGUCACUCUCAAGACCCUGCUGACGCAGCACAAUGGCUACUCAGCGCCCGGGAUCUUCCGCCUCUCAAAUGAGGAUGGUGACACGACCACCCUCCUUCGGUCGCAAAUCAAUCGCCACAAGGGCGACCCCCAGGGGAUCCAGGUGGAAGAUGUAUAUGCGGUGGCCAAUCUGAUCAAGAUUUGGUUCCGCGAGCUCCCGGCAUGCAUCUUGUCCGACCUGCCAGCUGAGGCACUUGCAUCCACCGAUGAGGCUGCCUGCUACGAGGCCCUUUGCACUCGGGUGCCGAACCCGGCUCGGUCGAUCGUCUUCUGGCUCCUGGAUCUCAUUUGCCAAGUGGCACUCUUCAGCUCGGUCAACGGCAUGAGUCUCAAGGCGCUGGCAAACAUCAUCGGGCCAAAUCUUUACUUCACAACGGGCAGCUCGGCAUUGCCGCCACUCGAGUCGCUGCGUCUGUCGCAGCAAAUUGCCAACUUCGUCUUUGCGCUCCUGUCCAAGCGCGCGAAGAUCCACUCCUGAGCGUGCACCACCCCCUGUUCACGGCUUUUCCGCAUCUUCCCCCGGCCCUCGCCUCUUCAAGAGGCAUAUAGACACCCCCCCCCCCUCUCUC